CCGGCCCCGCCGGUCCCGCCGAGAUGCUGUUCCACAGUCUGUCGGGCCCCGAGGUGCACGGGGUCAUCGACGAGAUGGACCGCAGGGCCAAGAGCGAGGCUCCCGCCAUCAGCUCCGCCAUCGACCGCGGCGACACAGAGACGACCAUGCCGUCCAUCAGCAGUGACCGCGCUGCCUUGUGCGCCGGUUGCGGGGGCAAGAUCUCCGACCGCUACUACCUGCUGGCGGUGGACAAACAGUGGCACAUGCGCUGCCUCAAGUGCUGCGAGUGCAAGCUCAACCUGGAGUCAGAGCUCACCUGUUUCAGCAAGGAUGGAAGCAUCUACUGCAAGGAAGACUACUACAGGAGGUUCUCUGUGCAGCGCUGCGCCCGCUGCCACCUGGGCAUCUCGGCCUCGGAGAUGGUGAUGCGGGCUCGGGACUUGGUUUAUCACCUCAACUGCUUCACGUGCACCACGUGUAACAAGAUGCUGACCACGGGUGACCACUUCGGCAUGAAGGACAGCCUGGUCUACUGCCGCUUGCACUUCGAGGCGCUGCUGCAGGGCGAGUACCCCGCGCACUUCAACCACAAGGGGCGGCCGCGGAAGCGCAAGAGCCCGGGCCCCGGGGCGGACCUGGCGGCGUACAACGCUGCGCUCAGCUGCAACGAGAACGACGCGGAGCACCUGGACCGCGACCAGCCCUACCCCAGCAGCCAGAAGACCAAGCGCAUGCGCACCUCCUUCAAGCACCACCAGCUGCGGACCAUGAAGUCUUACUUUGCCAUUAACCACAACCCCGACGCCAAGGACUUGAAGCAGCUCGCGCAGAAGACGGGCCUCACCAAGCGGGUCCUCCAGGUCUGGUUCCAGAACGCCAGGGCCAAGUUCAGGCGCAACCUCUUACGGCAGGAAAACACGGGCGUGGACAAGUCGACAGAGGCGGCGCUGCAGACGGGGACCCCGUCGGGGCCGGCCUCGGAGCUCUCCAACGCCUCCCUCAGCCCCUCCAGCACGCCCACCACCCUCACAGACUUGACGAGCCCCACCCUGCCAACUGUGACGUCUGUCUUAACUUCUGUGCCUGGCAACCUGGAGGGCCACGAGCCUCACAGCCCCUCACAAACGACUCUUACCAACCUUUUCUAAUGACUGGCACCCCGCCCCCUUUCCCCACAAUUUCUUUAAAAAAGAAAUUAUCUUUAGUUGAAUUCCAAGUGUAUUUUAAAAUAGAGGCUUUGAGCAACUAACUAACCACAUUUUAGGAUCUCGCCUGGAAACGGAGGAGACAGCGCGCCCGGCUGACGCAGCGGCGUGGACGGAGGAGUUACUUGGAAGAUCUAUCUGCAACACAACAUUUGUGUCACUGUACAGUUUUGUGGACUGAGCGAGCAAGAACAACAAGUAAUUUAAGUUGGCUAGAGCUUCUGUAUUUUCAAAGACUGCCACGUGCCUUAGGAAUACUGUUUUAUCUCCAUACUUUGGACGACUUAUUCAUUUUCUCUCCCUCUUUUUCUC